AUGCCUUUGAUCUCACCCAAAGAUGUUGAUACUUCAAGAAAUCAUAGCGUCUCCACCAAGGAAUUCUUCAGAGGAGGAGAAUUAUGUAAGAGGUCACCAAACUACUCGCCGACGUCGCUGUCGCCGUCGUCUCCUUAUUUCUUGAAGCACCAAGACCUGGAAGAAGACCAUGGCCUCUAUCAAAAGAAAUCAGUUCUCACCAAAGUGAAGGAGAAGGCAAGGAAGCUUAGAUAUAGCCUCAGCAAGAGAAGAAUAGAGGAUAAUAAUAAUAAUAACAUUAACAAUGUCACUCCUUCAUGGGGAGUCAGCUUAGAUGAUGUGGAAGAAUAUGCUGAUGCUGAAUACCUUGGAGCUCCUAUGUAUGAAUCAGAGGUGGCACCUGAGAUAUACAAAGAGAAUGCAAGGCAGCAUCCAAGAGCAGAUCCAGUAAUAUCUGAGAAACAUGUUUUGCAUAACACUGCUUCCUUCAGCACAACAAGGAAUGAAAAAAUAGCAGAGAAAGUUAUACCAGCUUAUUCCAACAUGGGGUCUCCUUCGUCGGCUUCAUUCACAUCGUCGUCGUCGUCUCCUCCUCCGGUGAAUAUUUCCACCACCAAAAGUGAUGCUUCAGUGAUAUAUGAAUCAACAAGUCCUAGGAAAGCUCCUUCUAAUAAUGCAGGUAUGAUGGAGAAGGUGAUAGGAGCUGUGAACUCUUUGCUUGGGAAUGAGGAACCGUCACAACAAUGUGCCACAAUCAAAACUACUCCCACACGUGAAGUUGGCCAGGAAGGAAACCAUGGAAAGAUUGUGCAAGCAAAUUAG